GCGCUGUCACGUGACCGCCAGGAGGCCGGAACUAGGCGGCUUGCGUGAAUUGCAGGAGUUUGACAGAAACAGACGGCGACGUCUCGGAGGCAGAGUGUAUGGCCGAGGCCGUGAAGCCCCGCCGGGCCAAGGCCAAGGCCAGCCGGACCAAAGGCAAGGAAAAGAAGAAACAUGAAGCGCCUCAGACUUCUGAUGAAGUUUCCCUUCUAGAGACUUCUAGAGAGCAGGAAAUCCUGUCUGUAGCUUGUGAACUCAAAGGAGAUGAUCUGAAGGUGUCAACUGAUUCCCAGCUCCACAAAGAUGUCAGUGGAUGGAAUGAAAGUGAAAUGUUUGAUAUACCACUCACCUCCUUGACUAUAGGUGAUGAAGGGUCCCUGAUACAUGACACAGAGGACCUGAAAGAGAGGGGAGAGAGCAGAGCCCAUGAUGGAGAUGAUGAAAUCAAGAUGAAGGUCGACCCUGGAGACAAUGUUAGAACUACAGUUGAACCUUCCAAGAACUUGACAGAGGCAGAGGAAAGCACACUAAUACGACAGGGAUCUUCAGAAAGCACACCACAGUUUGAUUUCCCCUGUACUCAGCAGGAAAUGGGAAGUUUACAUGUCAGAGAAACUCAGACUAGGAAGGAUGAAGAAGCCCUUGGUUUUUCAAAGGUGCUUCAGAAUGCUAGCUUGCACAGUUCUUAUGAAGCCAAAGAAGUUUCUCAGCCACCUAGAGUGAAGAAAUUGUAUCCCGAGUUGCCAGCUGAAAUUGUGGAAGUACCAUCUUUGGUGGUGGUGAAGCCCUUGCUCUGUAGUGAGCGACUCUACCCAGAACUCCCGUCUCAACCAGAGCUAGUACCAUUUACUAAAGAACAGCUAAAACUCUUGGAGCCUGGUUCAUGGCUGGAAAAUGUUGAGUCAUAUGUAGAAGAAUUUGACAGCAUUGCUCAUCAGGAUAGGCAUGAGUUUUAUGAGUUACUCUUGAACUACUCACGAUGCAGGAAGCAGUUGCUGUUGGCUGAAGCUGAGCUCCUUACUCUGAUGUCAGAUUGCCAAAACGCCAAAAGUCGACUGUGGAGCUUUAAGGAUGAACAAAUGGCUGUCCAGGGUAUCUGUGCAGAUCAAGUGAAAGUUUAUGGCCAUCACCACUACCAGAGAGUAGAGAUGAAUGAAAGUGUCCUGGGAGAACUGAAGAAGCUAUUUGAUGCCAAAUCUGAGCACCUCCACCAGACCCUGGCCCUUCAUUCUUACACUUCUGUGCUCUCGAGGUUGCAAGUGGAGUCGUACAUCUACACGUUGCUCAAUAGCUCCGCUGUUCUGAGAUCUUUAGCAGUUUAUCAGCAAGACCAAGUUUCUAAACUGACAGAAAGCAUCCCCUCUGACGUGUGUCAGCUGAAGGAGUGCAUCAGUGUCUUGUUCAUGUUCACCAGGAGAGUGAGUGAAGAUGCCCAGUUCCAUGAGGACGUCCUUCUCUGGCUGCAGAAACUAGUGUCGGUGUUACAAAGAGUUGGCUGCCCUGGAGACCACUUCUUCCUUCUCAACCACAUUCUUCGCUGCCCAGCUGGCGUCAGUAAGUGGGCCGUUCCUUUCAUACAGAUCAAGGUGUUGAAUAACCCUUCAGGGGUCUUUCAUUUUAUGCAGUCCCUUGCCCUGCUGAUGUCUCCUGUCAAAAAUCGAGCAGAGUUUAUGUGCCACAUGAAGCCCAGUGAGCGGAAGCCAUCGUCUUCAGGACCUGCAUCUGGGAACUGGACACUCGUGGAUGAAGGAGGAGAAGAGGAUGAAGACCCUGAGACCAGUUGGAUUCUACUUAAUGAAGAUGACUUGGUCAUCCUUUUGUCCCAGUUUCCCUUUCAUGAACUCUUUCAACAUCUUCUUGGGUUCAAAGCAAAAGGUGAUUAUUUACCUGAAACAACGAGGCCCCAAGAGAUGAUGAAGAUUUUUGCCUUUGCCAACUCCUUAGUGGAACUCCUGGCUGUGGGGUUAGAAACCUUUAACAGAGCCCGCUACAGGCAGUUUGUGAAGCGCAUUGGCUACCUAAUAAGAAACUUUUCCCCGCUGCUGUUUGAACUGUGCAGACUCGGCAUUUGGCUGUUUAUGUCUGAGAUGCCCUUUGGCACGCUCUCGGUCCCGAUGCUCUGGAAGCUCUUCUACCUCAUGCACCAGGCGGAGAGUGGGAGCCUGCAGCACCUCUGUGCCUCCCUGCAGCCGGCCGAGUGCAAGAGGCAACUCCAAGACCCAGAACAUUUUGCGAACUUGGAGAAGUAUCUUUCUUCCAUGAACAGCUCAGAAGAGAUUUGCCUUCUGACGACCUUUGCUCAGAUGGCUCGGGCCAGAAGAACCAAUGUAGAUGAGGACUUCAUAAAAAUUAUUGUUCUGGAGAUAUAUGAGGUAUCUUAUGUCACCCUGUCCACCAGAGAGACUUUUUCAAAGGUUGGUCGAGAACUUUUGGGGGCCAUCACAGCUGUUCACCCUGAGAUUAUUUCUGUCCUUUUGGAUAGAGUGCAAGAAACCAUUGACCAAGUAGGAAUGGUUUCUUUAUACUUGUUUAAAGAAUUGCCAUUGUAUCUCUGGCAACCUUCUGCCUCUGAGGUAGCUGUGAUUCGGGAUUGGUUAUUGAAUUACAGCCUGACAGCAGUGAAGAACAAGUUGGCCUGUGUGAUCCUAGAAGGACUGAAUUGGGGAUUUGCUCAACAGGCUACCCUUCAUUUGGAUCAGGCAUUGCACACUGAAGUAGCCUUGCUGGUUCUUGAGGCUUAUCAGAAGCACCUCUCACAAAAGCCCUAUGCUGGUCUUAUUUCUGAAAGUAUGAAACAGGUUUCAUACCUGGCCAGUAUUGUUCGAUAUGGAGAGACUCCUGAGACCUCAUUUAACCAGUGGGCCUGGAAUUUGAUCUUGAGGUUAAAAUUACACAAAAAUGAUUUUGGAGCACAGCAGAAUUGUCCAGUUGUUCCCUUCUCCAACACAGUUCCUGACAUGACAGAGUCACCCAUGUUUCAUCCUCUCUUGAAGGCUGUGAAAUCAGGCAUGCCCAUUGGCUGCUAUCUUGCCUUAGCUGUGACAGCUAUUGGCCACAGCAUUGAGAAGUUCUGUGCGGAAGGUAUCCCACUGUUGGGAAUUCUGGUCCAAUCAAGGCAUUUGAGAGCAGUGGUCCAUGUCCUAGAUAAGAUUCUACCCAUGUUCUACCCUUGCCAGUAUUACCUUCUGAAGAAUGAGCAGUUUAUGUCAAACCUUCUCCUCUUCCUACACUUGGACAGCGGUGUUCCUCAGGGGGUCACGCAGCAGGUUACCCACAAGGUGGCGCAGCAUCUGACAGGAACCAGCCACGGGGACAACAUGAAGCUUCUUAAUAGCAUGAUCCAGGCACACAUAGGUGUAAGCACGCAGCCUAAUGAAGUAGGUCCUGUGGCUGUGUUGGAGUUCUGGGUCCAGGCUCUCAUAAGCCAGCAUCUCUGGUACCGAGAACAGCCUAUUCUCUUCCUCAUGGACCACUUGUGUAAAGCAGCUUUUCAGCUGAUGCAGGAAGACUGUGUGCAGAAAUUGCUCUACCAACAGCACAAGAACGCUUUGGGUUACCACUGUGACCGAAGUCUGCUCUCUUCCUUGGUGAGCUGGAUUGUGGCAGGCAACAUCACGCCUUCCUUUGUGGAGGGCUUGUCCACGUCCACGCAGGUUUGGUUUGCAUGGACUGUGCUGAACAUGGAAUCCAUCUUUGAAGAGGACUCUCAGCUCCGAAGAGUUGUCGAAGGGGAAUUGGUUAUAAAUGCUUUUACCCCUGAUCAAGCUCUAAAGAAAGCCCAGCUCCAGCUGAAGCUGCCCAUCGUCCCAUCCCUGCAGAGAAUGAUGAUUUAUCGCUGGGCCCACCAGGCUCUGGCCACACCUUCCGAUCAUCCUCUGCUGCCGCUCAUUUGGCAGAAGUUCUUCCUCCUGUAUCUUCACCGCCCAGGACCACAAUAUGGGCUGCCCGUAGACGGUUGUAUUGGAAGAAGGUUUUUUCAAAGUCCCUCGCAUAUCAAUUUGUUGAAAGACAUGAAGAGACGCCUGACUGAGGUGGCUGACUUCCACUAUGCUGCAAGCAAGGCCCUCCGUGUUCCAGCAGAGGGCAGCGACGGGACAGCAGAGCAGCAGGCUGGUACCCCUGGUUAUCUGACUUCUCCGGAGCUGCACAGGGAGCUAGUGAGGCUCUUCAAUGUAUAUAUAUUAUGGCUAGAAGAUGAAAAUUUUCAGAAAGGAGAUACCUACAUUCCUUCUUUACCAAAGCAUUAUGAUACUCACAGGCUAGCAAAAGUGAUGCAGAAUCAGCAGGACCUGUGGAUGGAGUAUUUGAAUAUGGAGCGCAUACAUCAUGAGUUCCAGGAGACAGUUGGUCAGUGGACACAGGCCAAGCUCGAGUCGCCUUCGCUGUCCUGCAGCUCUUCAGCACAGCUGGAUUUCACUGAUCCUUUGCUGGCUAAAGAAAGGGUUCUAAGUAACUUACGGAAGCACGAGGCCCCCCAUCCUCCUCUUGUUCUGCACCCCGUGAGGCCUCCUGUGCCUCUCAUUUCCUCCGCCGUGCUGUUGAGUCAGAAGGACACCACCCAGCUGAUGUGCACAGACCUGAACCUGUUGCAGCAGCAUGCCAGAACUGCCGCUCUCCGAGAGUCUCAGCAGGUUGCCCUGGACGGCGAGCUGUUGGAGACCAUGCCCAAACAGUACGUUAACCGAGAAGAGCAGACCACCCUGCAUUUGGAGUGCAGAGGCAGUGCUGGGAAGAAGUGCCAAGGAGCAGCAGUCGUGACAGUCCAGUUUGAAGGGAUGUAUAAGAAUGAAGCAGUAAGCCAGCAGAUUCACGUUCUGCAAAAAGAAGUAAGGCAGUUCCAAGCAGAAGCUGCCCAGCCUCCUGCACUUAACGUUGUGGAAGCCGCUGUGCAUGCAGAAAACCUGAUCACGGCUUUAGUGAAUGCUUAUAAGUUGCAGCCUACGCCUGGGGUUCAGAAGAUUGGCAUCAGCCUCUUCUUUACUGUUGUGGACUAUGUCAGCGAAGAGACCCAGCGCCAUCCUCCUACGAGGCAGUUCUUCACGUCCUGUAUCGAGAUCUUGGGACAGGUGUUUAUCAGCGGCACUAAAUCGGAAUGCAGGAAGGUGCUGCAGACCAUUCUGAAGAACAGGCGUCUCUGCUCUCUGCUCUCCCCUUUCUUCACUCCCAAUGCUACGCCGGCUGAGUUCAUCCAGCUGUAUGAGAAAGUGGUGAAGUUUCUAAGUGAGGACAACAGUGAUAUGAUUUUCAUGCUGCUCACCAAGUUCGAUGUUAAGCAAUGGUUAAACGCCACUAAACCUCCUCUGUCUGAUCGUACCAGGCUUCUGGAGUCCAUUCACUUGGCACUUACUGCCUGGGGCCUUGAACCAGAUGAAGAUAUCUUGAUGCCUUUUAAUCUUUUCUGUAAGCACUGGACUCACCUUCUACUCUACCAGUUCCCUGACCAGUACAGUGACGUUCUCAGGCUGCUGGUGCAAAGCUCUGCAGAGCAGUUACUGAGUCCUGAGUGCUGGAAAGCCACUUUGAGAGCCCUGGGCUGCUCUGCCCCAAGCAGCCAGCAGGGGGCAGCUUCUGCAGAGAGCUCUGUGCUUCACAGUGCCUCGGAUGUUCUCUUGUCCGACAAGCAGGUAAUGGAGACCAUCCAGUGGCUCUCUGACUUCUUUUAUAAGCUUCGGUUAUCCAAGCUGGACUUUAAAAGCUUUGGAUUAUUCUCAAAAUGGACCCCUUAUAUGGCUGAUGUGAAGACAUUUUUGGGAUACCUUGUGAAAAGGCUGAUUGACUUAGAAAUCGCCUCCUUGGCCCAAGACCCAACUGCCAGCAACAGAGAAGUGCUAAGAUCCCUGCACUCCCAGAUCAUCCAGCUUUUUAAGCCCUGGAUCCUGGUUUUAGAAGACAGUGAAAGCAGCCAGCAGCGACAUUACCCCUGGCUGGAGAGCGAUGCUGUGGUGGCCGCCGGCAUCGUACAGCUCUUCACUGACUGCGUUGGCUCACUGCAUGGGAGUUUUAAAGACAAGCUAUUGCCAGGUGACGAAGGAGUCCUGCGGUUGCACCUGCUGCAUUACUGUGAAGCAUGCACAGCACCCAAGAUGCCAGAGUUCAUUCUCUACACUUUUCACAACGCAUAUCAGAAUCUCGAGUGGAAGGACCUGCACCCUGACCAGAGGCUCAUGGAGGCCUUCUUCAAGGUGGAACGUGGAAGCCCCAAGAGCUGUUUCCUGUUUUUGGGGGCUGUACUCUGCAGAGUCAACUGGGUUAGUGUGCUGUCCGAUGCCUGGAAUCCCAGUCCCCUUCCUGAAACCCAGAGCAUGGUUGUCUGUCUCCUUUUCAUGAUGAUUUUACUGGCAAAGGAAGCUCAGCUGGUCGAUCAGACAGAUUCACCUUUACUAAGUCUUCUUGGACAGACCAGCUCACUCUCAUGGCAUCUUGUGGACCUCGUGUCCUACCAGAGCGUCCUGGGUUAUUUCAGCAGUCAUUACCCACCAUCUGUCAUCCUGGCCAAAGACUGUUCUGCUGAACGCAUCGUGAAACUCUUGAAAGUAUCUGCGGGACUCUCUGUUCCUGCUGAUGGCCAGAAGCAUCGUGACAUAGUUCCAAAGUGCCAAGCUUUCACUCGUCAGAUGGUUCAGUUUCUCAGUGCCCUGGAGCAGUCUGGAAAAGUCACCUUCCCAGUCCUGGAGCAGGAAAUAUCUAAGCUCUUAGAUGAUAUCAUUGUCUUUAACCCACCCGACAUGGACAGCCAGGCCCGCCACAUGGCCCUCAGCAGCCUCUUCACGGAAGUCCUAAUGAUGAUGAACAAUGCAACUAUCCCAACAGCAGAAUUCCUUGCUGGGAGUAUUCGGACCUGGAUUGGCCAAAAAGUACACGGGUUGGUAGUGCUGCCCCUUUUAACAGCAGCCUGCCAAAGCCUGGCAUCAGUCCGCCACAUGGCAGAGACCACAGAAGCCUGCAUCGCUGCCUACUUCAAGGAAGGCUCCCUCAAUCAAAAUUUAGGAUGGGGCCCCAUUCUGGUGUCCCUUCAAGUUCCUGAGCUCACCAUCCAAGAGUUUCUGCAGGAAUGUUUAGCCCUGGGCAGUUGCUUGACUCUCUAUGUCUACCUGCUUCAGUGUCUAAACAGUGAACAGACUCUGAGGAACGAGAUGAAGGUGCUUCUCAUCCUAAACAAGUGGCUGGAACAGGUGUACCCAAGCUCCGCACAGGAAGAAGCAAAGCUGUUUCUGUGGUGGCAUCAAGUCCUGCAGCUGUCGCUGGUUCAGAUGGAGCAGAACGACUCGGUCCUGACAGAGUCCAUCAUCCGGAUCCUGCUCAUGCUGCAGAGCAGGCAGAGCCUUAUGGCCGAGGAGAGGCUCAGCUCUGGGAUCCUGGGGGCCAUUGGCUUGGGCCGGAAAUCGCCCUUGUCCAACAGGUUCCGUGUGGUUGCCCGAGGCAUGGCCGCCUUCCUGUCAGUUCAGGUGCCUGCAGAAGACCAGAUUCGUCUGAAGCCUAGCUCCGAAUUACAUCUGACUCCAAAAGCUCAGCAGGUGCUGACUGCCCUUGAAUCCAUGACACUCAGUAAGCAGUAUGUGGAAUACCAGGAUCAGAUACUGCAAGCUAUACAGUUCAUAAAGCAUCCUGGCCAUUGCCUUCAGAAUGGGAAAAGCUUCCUGGCUCUUCUUGUCAACUGUCUCUAUCCAGAAGUGCAUUAUUUAGACAACAUACGGUAGUGAUGCCGAAGCCCUCCGAGACCCUGCUGCUCUGGGUGUCCAUCACCUUCGCUGUUGCCCAUGUACCUUUGUUCAAUUUCACCGCAGAGCUCAGUUCUGCCAGGAACUUGAUCAAGGUGCAUGUUGGGAGGCGUUAGAUAGUUCUGGCUGUGUGUUUAUCUCUGUUGUCCAGAGACUUGUUAGAUGUUGUGUUCUUCCACAGUGAACCUAAGUUCCGCUGAGUACAGAGCCACUCACCUUUGGGAAAUGUGCCAGUCAACUCCUAAGAACUACAGAUAGAGUUUUUGAUAUGUCUGCACUUCUGUCUCCCUGCUUUGUAGAAAUGUCAAGACUCCUAGGCCAGAUCUGACUGCUUUGGGAGUCAUGAAGAGCCCUCUUUUGGACUCCGUUUGUAUUCUUCCAAUGUAAAAAAAUCAACUUGGAAAAUGUCUGCAUUUCUUAAAUGUGGGAAAAUACACCAGCUUGAAGUAUUAUGUUAUUUCUCUUAGAGUAGAGAGAAUACACUGAAUUAGGUCAGGAGUGGUGGUGCAUGCCUGUAAUCAGCACUCGGGGGCUGAAGUAGGAGGGUCAUAAGGGUGAGGCAAUGUGGGGUGCGAUCGAGUAUCUCAACAAGCAAAACAAAAAAGUCACACAGAAGACUUGUCACUUAGCCCUGACCACAGUGGACAGCAGAGACCGUGACACAUCCGUUUUCAGCUGCAUGUCCUCCGGAAGUGUGCCUUUCUGAUUGAUGUGGUAGCCGGUGCAUGACAGCUGCUGUGCACAGAUGUGUCUUGUUUGGUCCAUGUGGCGGGAGUGCAAACAGCACUGACGCCGCGGCGACCAGAGCGCUGUAUUCCCUUGAGACUCCUCAUUCACAUCGUUUUAUUGGCUCUGUCUGCGGAAGUCCCCACCUCCUGACGAUGUCAGCGCUCUCUGCAGGCCCUACUGUCAAGGGACACUGGGUAAGUUUAGGUGAAACUCACAGACAUGCUGGACGCAUGCCCAGGGAGAAGGGGCCAGGUCGGGGGACCUGAGAAAUCUGGCUGUGGUGAGCAGCCCCAUGCUUCUGUCACUGCUGACAGUCCGUCCGCAUUGCCAAAGCCUGUCUGGCAUGCUGCCGGGUUCUCUCGACAUCUCUUGCUCAUGUCACUUCCGCCAGGAGUUAGAAAUUAGACUUCUAUCAAUAUAUUUAUAAUUCUCAAGGUGGCCCCAAACCAAUUUUGUUUGUUCAACUUAAAAUAUACCUUUGUUCUUAUGGGUUAUGGCUCAGAAAUACUUGUGUAAAAUCUCUGGAUGGCCACCAAGCGCCUUGAGUAAAGAUGGGGUUUACCAUUAGUGGGGUGCUGCCCCUUCAUUGGAAACUUGCGGGAAUUCUUCUUACUGAGAACAACUCUGCCUGGUUGACAUGCCUUGGAACACUGUUCAGUGGCACAAAGUGUCACUGAACAGGGAUAUGUCUCAGCCUUCUUUGCCUCUGUUUCCCAAAUCAGUCAUCUUCCCUCCGAGGAGAAGAAAACGAGACGCGGUACACAGUUGAACAAGCAGCAGCGAUUCUGUGACCAGGAAGUACUGUGUGUGUGUGUGUGUGUGUGUGUGUGUGUGUGUGUGUGUGUGUGUGUGGUUUCUCUGAGGAGAACCCAGUUCCCAGUACCCUAGAAUGUGAAAUGUUUGAAUGAUAGUGUGUACAUUUUAGAGAAUCAAUUAAUUUUGCAAGUUUGUAAUAUUUGUAAAUUUCGCCUGUAAAAAGUAUAAACAAUAAAAUCAACUUUUGAUUAUAACUGAUGAAUCUGAAUUGAAGGCUAAUGUAGAUUUUUUUAUGCCUGAUAUUAAUUUUAUUUGGCUUUGUAACUAGUCGGUAAAAGUACUGCUUUUUCAUUCUUGCUUAAUAUCUGAGAGUCCUCAGAUCCUAUGAGGAGCACUAGGUGAGUGCUCUAAAAAGUGAAACAAUUCAGAACAAGGAAAGCUGCCCGCAGACAGGCUGGCUUGCUGCUUGAAGGAUGGCCCAGGCUUUGCUAGGACGAUGGUUCGCUCUCAGAGUGCAAAGCCAUGGUAUCAGAGACGGUGAUGAGCAAAGGCCAAGGUCUGAGCAGUGUGGAAGGUGGACCAUCGAAGGCUCAGAGGCUCCUGCACCACGGCAUCAAGUCCUUCCAGGCACAGAAGGGGAGUUUUGAUCUCAGUGGAAGUGCCUCUGCCUCUCCAGUCAUCACUCACCACCCCGGGCUGCACACAUGAGGCAGAGACGUUGCUUUGGCCUUCCAUCUCCUUGCUCUACAACCUCACUAGAUAGAAGACAGAGGCUGUUUCUUUUGGCAGAGAGGUCCUGUGGCUGUCAGUACAGUGUGAUAAUGGCUGUGAUACAUAUACUUGUGUCUUUACACGUUUCUAAAGCUCUUGCACACUUGACCUUGCUUCUAAACAUGACUGGUAUCUUGCUGGUUAAGCGUUCCACCUCCCCUGUAUUGUGCCCAAGUCUUUUGGUUCUUUGGUGUCAGAAGAUGUGAAGUGUUGACGCUCUACCUAAAUUAGCCAACAGUCUUGCUCCACCAAGGCCAACCAGUCUAAGACAUGGUAUGUUGAAGCUCUUCGUCCGAAUCAAGGUGCUGAUACUGCUUUUCAAAGAUGUGUAUUUGAAAAAUUACUCCUGAAGUGGGAAGCCAAUGUCUAGAAUCAUGGACAGAGUCAGCACAUUAAAUACCUCAAUCUCCUCAGUGGGGACCCUCAACUUCUCUACCUGGCCAGUGUCUUGGAGUCCACUGCUGGCCCAGCCUCAGCUAUGCUCAGGCUCUCUGGUUCUGCUUAUCUUGAGCCAGAACUGUUCCCAGUGACCUUGCCUAUUGGUUGUGGAUCUGCCUGGAACAGCUGGGCAGGGCCUGUUCUCUUUCUCUUAGUAUACCUUGAGACAUUUCCCCUUGCCACAUCUCUGACCUCUUCUGCCCUUACCCCUUAGUCCUCUCCAGGUUCCAUGCUCAGAAUUCUUAGUACUCUUCAAACAUGAUAUCCAGUAAAACUGCUUUGUGGCAAAGUGUCCAAAUCAGUCCACACUGCUGUGCCAAGGAUUAGUAGUGCCUGAACUAUGAUAAGAAAAACGGAGCACCUGGGAACACGUUUCACUUGGCACUCACAGGUGCAGGGAGAGAACACAUCUCUGUCUUGUUUGUUGCUUUUGCUGCCUUUUUCUAGUUCCUGCCCCAGAACUGUCAGACUCCUGUGGGCCAGGCAGUGCAGAUCCCUGUAAUACACACGUGGGCAGCAUCAGCUCCCAUCGUAUUCUGUAGUUGGCACAUUAACCUAGCAUUGAGUUAAACUAUAGACCCCUUUAAUAACAGUCACUGCCCAAGACCAGGUUUGUGGAGCAUCUACUUGGUGGGCACCAAUGAUCAGGCUCUUUGAACCUCAUCCUGAACUUCAUCCCAUACUACAUCCUGAAUCUCAUCCCAUACUACAUCCUGAACCUCAUCCUUGCUCACUUCCCAGCUUACUUUGAGGUAAUAGCUGAUCAUAGUAGGUGAGGCUCUUGACUUAGAGCCGGGCCCUAAACAGAUUCUUCUGCUCCACCAGGGUGCUCCUGUUUUUGAGCAUGCAAGGGAUCAUGUAGCCAGAAGCAGGUCACGUGCUUAGUGAGUUUCCUUCAUUCUACACAUGUUCCUCAUUCCUCUUGAGAAUAACUUGAAAAAAAAAAUCUAUGCUACUCUGAUUUUAAUAAUAAGAAUGCUAAGGAAUGUUGGUUAUACCUUGUUUUCAAUGCAUUGUGUAAUACUACUGAGCACUGAGGGAAUUUUUCUUUCAGUGGUUUAAGAUGACUUAUUGGCGAUCAGUACUGACAGUCUUCUUGGCCUGUCUAGUGUGAUCUUUAAAACCACAGUUCUAUUUUGGUCAUUAACUGUGCAAUAUUUACUUCUGAUUCAUUGUUUAAUAUUUUCUGUGCUUGUAUGAAGGACACAUUUUUGUCUAAUGGUGAGAAAUGGAAGAUGAGAGACUUAGUGAAGUGAAAAUCUGCAAAUAAAGAACAUUGUGAUUUA